GAGUACCAGAUCGAUAUCAUCUUCGCCCAGACCUGGGUGGACACCCGUCUGCGGUACAACAGCAGCAGCAUGCGGAUCCUAACCCUCAAUAGCAAUAUGGUCGGUCUGAUCUGGCUGCCCGACACCAUCUUCAGGAAUUCCAAGAAUGCCGACUCGCACUGGAUUACGACGCCCAAUCAGCUGCUUCGGAUCUGGAACAACGGGAAAAUCCUCUACACGCUGAGGAUGACCAUCAACGCAGAAUGCCAGCUGCAGCUUCAUAAUUUCCCAAUGGAUGAACACUCCUGUCCUCUUGUAUUCUCCAGCUAUGGCUACCCACGAGACGAGAUUAUAUACAAGUGGAAGAGAACCUCAGUGGAGACUUCGGACCAGAAAUACUGGAGGCUUUACCAGUUUGACUUCAUGGGGCUGAGAAACACAACAGAUGUGCUCACAACCACAGCAGGUGACUAUGUGUUGAUGACGGUUCACUUUGAUCUCAGCAGACGCAUGGGCUACUUCACCAUCCAGACCUACAUCCCCUGUAUCCUCACAGUGGUUCUCUCCUGGGUCUCAUUCUGGAUCAAAAGUGAUGCCACGCCAGCCAGAACUGCCCUAGGUAUCACCACGGUGCUGACCAUGACCACCCUGAGCACAGUGGCCAGAAACUCUCUUCCCAGAGUGUCUUAUGUGACCGCCAUGGACCUGUUUGUCACUGUCUGCUUCCUGUUCGUCGUUGCUGCCAUGAUCGAGUAUGCCAUGCUCAACUACUACUCCUACAUAAUGCGCAGACCCCCUCCCAGGAUGCAGAGGAUGGCCUACUCGUCCUUGAGCAUGAGUCGCACCCCUCGAUCCGUGAUGCCGAUGGGCAACUCUUUGCUCUGGCAUGACUAUGACGACAACUGCCUGUACGAGUGCUUGGACGGCAAAGACUGCAAGAGCUUCUUCUGCUGCUUUGAAGAGUGCAAAGAGGGCGGUUGGAGGAAAGGACGGAUUCACGUCAACAUCCGAGAGCUGGAUUCCUACUCCCGGGUGUUCUUCCCCACCUCCUUCUUGCUGUUUAACAUUGUCUACUGGGUCAGCUACCUCUACCUCUAGUCCCCUUGGGC